CAGUUUGUCUCGAUACUAGGUACCAUGCAGAUCCAAGCAGAAGGGUAGAAACCAUCCUGGACCAGGCAGGUCAUCCCCAUACAUAACUAACUCCUGAAGCUUCAACUAAAGGGUUGAGAUCGUUUUUUUCUGCACAACAAAACAUUAGGCAAGGAAAAAUCGUAUCAGAAAAUCACAAUGUUAUCACAUUCUGCCAUGGUCAAAGAGAGGAAAGAACAAGCAUCAGCCAUUAUGGAUGAAAUACAGAGAAAUGUCUCACCCAGCUUAAACCUUGGAAAAAAGGUCAGCACCCCUAGAGAUAUCAUGGUAGAGGAACUAUCGAUACUCAGCAACAGAGGGGCAAGACUCUUCAAGAGACGUCAACGGAGAUCUGACAAAUACACGUAUGAAAACUAUCAUUAUGUAGCAAACAAGCCAAGAAAUCGUGGAGAGCCCAUACAGAGUGUUAGAAUGGAUGGCCUCAGUGUUGAAGGAAUUCCCCAGCAUGCCCCAAUGACACCUCCUAAUACACCUGAUCCCCGCAGCCCACCACAUCCUGACAACAUUGCCCCAG